AUGGAAGCCCUUCCCUGUGAGGCGCAGGGACCGAGCCGUGGGCUCCGCGCGCAGCCAGCCGCAGCACGUCGUGUGGGGCAGCCACGCGACGCGGAAAAUGGAGACAAAAAUGCUUCAAAAUAUCUCCCAGUUUUUCUUAUAAUUCGAAAAGAAUUGAUUAACAGAGAAAAAGACAUAAAAAACCAGCCACUGCAGUUUCCAUCAGUUUCUCCUACUUCUCCUAAACUCUUUGCCCCUGAUCUGAAAAAGAUACAUGGAACAGAUCCAGAAACUCAGGAAAUGCACUGUAAUAAUGCCGUUUCUAGAUCCAUGUGUGUCAUUCAGCCCCCCAUCUCUGAUAAUGUUGCGCAAGCUAUCAGAGACCUUCCCCUGCACCCCUAUAUCCCGACUAUUAAACCCCCCUACCGCCACGUGGCUGGGAUACAAGAUGGAAACACAUGUACAACACAGGUACAAGAACCAGUAGCGCAAGUAGAACUGAUUAAAGAAAUAGCUCAAAGAAAUGCCAAUGAGGCCUACUGCAAAGUGAUUUUAAAUCUGCCCAUCCAUCCUCCACCCACCAUAGCAGACAUGAUCCAAGCCUGUGCCAAGAAAGCAGAUCUGUACAGUGCACACGACAAGAAACCAGGACCAUACAAUCCAAGGACUGUAGCAGCAGUAACACCAGGAAUGAACAAUCCACAGAUGUCACCAGAACAGCUACAGCACAUCAUCUGCUUCCAGUGCAAGAGGCCAGGACAUUUUGCAAGGAAUCGCCCUCAAAACCAGCAAGAAAGGAAACACCAGAAAGAACCUUAUAGCAUAGAGUGCACCUUCAAGAAUUUUGCAGAUGAUACAAAACUGGGAGUAGCUUAUGCAUCCGAAGGUCAUAUUGACACCCAGACCCUGGAGGAAUGGGCUGACAGGAACGUCAUGACCCCCUCGGCCGCCUGUGCCCUGAGACGAGCAGGCUCUCACCACGGGGGGUGGGACAGAGGGGUCCCAUCUGGGAGAAGGAUUACAACAGAGUGGCGCCCAACGUGGGGCUAUACAAGCCCACGUUUAAAGGCUUAUCGGAGCCAGGGUGAGCCGUUCUUUGGAGACUUUGGAUGCAGUUUAAAAAAUACAGCAAAAAAAGUUUCUGAAAAGGAGUCGAAAAUCCUCCAGCACCAGAGGAUCGAUUCCAGGGCAACAAGUAUCUUUCCACCGCCAGAAAAUGACAGAAAAAGGUGUGGGGAAGGAACAGGCACCCCGGAGCCGGGCGGGGGCGGGCUGAGGAGCCCAGGGAAUGCCAGCCCUGGAGAAGAUGAAGUUAUGCUAACAGCAGCCCCUGUAGUGUACAAUAACAGCAGAGCAGCAAUGCGAUUACAACAUCAGCCUUUCAAUUAUCAAGUAAUCAAAGAUAUUUGUAAAAUUAAAAAUUAUUUUGGUCGUGAUAGUGAAGUCUUAAGGGGAAUAAUAAGAACUACAUUGAAAUCACAGGAUUUAAUUCCUGCAGAUAUUAAAGAUUUAUUUCGGUGUUUGCUAACUCCCUCUGAAUAUGAUCUUUGGGAAAGCUUAUGGAAAAGAUCAUUAACAAAACUCCUAGCUGAACUCAAACAAAGUAAUCAAAAUGCACAUGAUACAGAGAACAAUGAAAUCACUUUAGAACAUUUAUGUGGGGAGGGAAAUUGGAUUAAUCCUGCCAAUCAAGUGAGAGUAUUAACAAAGUUUGUUGCAGAUAAAGUUUGUGAUGUGGCUGAAAACAUUUUUAACCAAUUACCAACAGCUGAUAUUCAAGUCAGUUAUGUUAGUAUUAAUCAGUUUCCAUGUGAGAGUUUCUUACAGUUUGUAGAUCGUCUGAGACUACAGAUACAGAGACAAGUUAAAGAACCAGUGGCCCAGACGGAACUGCUUAAAGAAAUGGCCCAAAGAAAUGCCAACGAGGCUUGUCGUAGAGUAAUUCUGAGUCUUCCUAUCAAUCCUCCACCCACCAUAGCAGAUAUGAUUGAAGCAUGUGCCCAGAAAGCAGACUUGUACAGUGUACACAACAAGAAACCGGACAACCCAAGGACAGUAGCAGCAGUGACACCAGGAAUGAACAAGCCACAGAUGUCACCAGGACAGCUGCAGCACAUUGUCUGUUUCCAGUGCAAGAGAUCUGACCGCUGGACUGUCGUGGGAGUAGAUUUGCAGGAUAAUUCGCAAGACCUGGCUGGACUGGAUAGUAGGUAUUUUGUUAUUGGAGACACAGCACACACACCAAGAGAGAUUGAGGUGGCUCCCAUGACAAUCACGGGAGACCUAACACACCUCAUCCUCUUAGCUAGGUGCCCCCAACCACCUUUCUGUGUAGAUAAAGGGCAAGUAAUAGCCCAGGUAAUCCCUGUUCCAACAGAAGUCCAAGUAGAUGACAAAGCACCGGGAGUCUACUGGGCAGAAGUAGUGGGUGAAAACAAGCCCAUUAUGGGAUGCAAUUUAACACAUAAAUCAGAACAUCUCCAUGUAGAAGGGUUAAUUGACACUGGGGCAGAUGUGACCAUCACACCGGAAAAGGUGUGGCCCUCACAUUGGGACCUACAACCAGUGGCAGGGAAAAUACAGGGUGUUGGAGGGAUGAAACUGGCAAAAAUUGCUAGAGAUAUCAUCCAGAUCGAAGGUCCGGACGGAUUUUUGAUAGAGGCCACUGUAGAGCGUCCGGUCCAAAAAUUAUCUUGGCUAGAUAAUGAUCCAAUUUGGGUAAACCAGUGGCCUCUCAGCAAACAAAAACUUGGGGCGCUAGAAAAAUUAGUGGAAGAAGAAUUGGCUAAAGGACACAUAGUAGAAACAACCAGCCCUUGGAGUUCCCCGGUGUUUCUAAUAAAAAAGCCAGGGAAAGAUAAAUGGCGUCUCCUUCAAGAUUUAAGAGAAAUAAACAAAAAAAUACAAGACAUGGGAUCUCUCCAACCAGGAAUGCCAUCUCCAACCAUGCUACCACAAGAUUGGCUACUAGCAGUAGUAGAUAUUAAAGAUUGCUUUUUUCAAAUUCCCCUGCAUCCAGCUGAUGCACCAAGGUUUGCCUUUUCCAUUCCUACAAUUAACAGGGAAGCUCCAAUGAAACGGUACCACUGGACAGUAUUACCUCAGGGGAUGAAAGCCAGCCCCUUCAUCUGCCAGUGGUAUGUGGGGUCUUUGCUGUCCUCAGUGCGUGCUGAAAAGAGAGAGGCUAUCAUUUUGCAUUAUAUGGACGAUAUUUUAAUAUGCUGUCCCAAUAACAACAUACUGAAAGACACCCUUGACCUAGUGGUUAAAGUUUUAACCUCUGCUGGAUUCCAAUUGCAGGAAGACAAAGUUCAAAGGAUGCCACCUUGGAAAUACCUGGGCCUGGAAAUUACUGCACGGACUGUUGUUCCACAAAAAUUGGAAAUUAUUGGUAAUCCUAAAACUCUAGCAGAUCUCCAUUCCCUAUGCGGGUCACUAAACUGGGUCAGACCAUGGCUAGGUCUCACAAAUGAGGACCUGAGCCCCCUACUCAAUUUAUUGAAAGGGGAGAGAGAAUUACUGUCUCCCAGGGAGCUGACUCCAGAAGCAAAAACUGUCAUUGAAAAGGCACAAAAGGCCUUGACAGAAAGACAGGCACACCGCUUCAAACCUGAGCUGCCUUUCAAAUUUAUUGUCCUGGGGAAAUUGCCACACCUGCAUGGGUUAAUAUUCCAAUGGGCCGAGGGGCAGAGAGAUGCACUCUUAAUCAUAGAGUGGGUCUUCCUCUCCCAUCAAAGACCCAAAACUAUCACCAAGCCACAAGAGCUGAUGGCUCAGCUGAUUCAAAAGGCCAGGGUAAGGCUGCGGGAACUGGCAGGUUGUGACUUUAUGUGUAUUCACCUCCCAGUCAGGCUCUCUGGAGAAGGCAAAAACUCCCCUGAGAGACUGACCAAAGAGAUGUUUGAGCAUCUGCUGCAGAGCAAUGCUAACCUCCAGUUAGCUCUGGACAGCUCUAGUGGGCAAAUUUCAGUUCAUGCACCAUCACACAAAUUGUUUCAUGAGGAAUUCCAUCUCAUUCCUCAUGAGAAAAGGAGCCAAAGGCCACUCAAAGCGCUCACAGUGUUCACUGAUGCAUCUGGGACAUCCCACAAGUCGGUGAUGACUUGGAGAAAUCCACAGACUCAGCUUUGGGAAGCUGAUGUUGAGUUUGUAGAGGGGUCACCCCAGAUAGCUGAACUGGCUGCGGUCGUGAGAGCCUUUGAGAAAUUUUCAGAACCAAUUAAUUUAGUUACUGACUCAGCCUACGUAGCAGGAGUGGUGUCCAGAGCGGAACAGGCAGUUCUCAAGGACAUUGAGAACGAGCAUCUCUUUAGAUUGCUUUCAAAACUGAUUGAUUUGGUUUCAAAUCGAGAACAACCUUUCUAUGUGAUGCACAUAAGAUCGCACACCCCGUUGCCAGGUGAAAUCGCUGAGGGGAACCGGAAGGCGGAUUCCCUUGCUGCCCCUGCUGAAAAGGUAUGUCUCCCAGAUGUGUUUCAGCAGGCAAAAAUAAGUCACCAGCAAUACCAUCAAAAUGUGCCAGGACUGAUUCGUCAGUUCCAGCUGACACGGGAUCAGGCUAAAGCCAUCGUGGCUACCUGUCCCAAUUGUCAGCUCCAGGCAGUGCCAUCAUUAGGCAUCGGGGUUAAUCCCCGAGGCCUUAAGAGCUGUGAGGUGUGGCAAACAGAUAUCACUCACAUUCCCAGUUUUGGCCGCCUUAAGUAUGUACAUGUGAGUAUUGAUACAUACUCAGGAGCGGUGUAUGCCUCUGCUCAUGCAGGAGAAAAGUCUGUGCAUGCUAAACAACACUUAGUGCAGGCCUUUUCCGUAUUGGGAAUCCCUAAAGAAAUUAAAACAGAUAAUGGCCCAGCGUAUAAAUCCAAGGAGUUCCUGGGAUUUGUCCAGCAGUGGGGAGUGGAACAUAAAACUGGCAUCCCCCACUCCCCCACAGGUCAGGCUGUAAUCGAGCGUACCCACCAGACGCUCAAACAAGUCCUAGCCCGGCAAGGUAGUGAAGCAGUGUGGAUGUCUCCACAACAGAAACUCUGUAAAGCUCUGUUUUCCAUUAACUUCCUAAACUGCUCCUUUGAAAACAUGAAUCCUCCUGUAACUCGACAUUUUAACAGUGGUGAUCAGUUUAAAUUGUCACAGCAUCCACCGGUGUUAAUCAGGGACCCUGAAACUUGGCAAACCAAGGGUCCCUAUGAACUUGUCACCUGGGGGCGAGGUUAUGCGUGUGUAUCCACCCCUUCAGGCCCCCGAUGGAUUCCUCAGAAAUGGGUAAAACCUUUUGUUUCAAAGAAUCCAGCACCAGCAAGAAGAAAAGAGAAGCAAGUGGCUGUUGCUUCCAAGAGAAGACGCCGCUGA